CAUUUUCAGUGUAGUCUGAUUCUUGAGACAAAUGUCUCUUAUGUGCCAGUUCUUUUUAGUGAAUGAAAACACAAAGUACGACCAAUGCUGGUCCAAUUCUUGAUACAAAUGACUCUUAUGAGUCGUGUUUUUUUUUUUUUUUUUAGUAAAUCAAAAACAUUCACCGCAACCAGUGUAGUCCGAUUCCAGAAAUAAAUAACUCUCAUGAGCUGCUACUUUUAAUGAAUCAGUGCCUUAUAUUACUUUCUAUGUGUAAGAAUAUGUAAACAAAGUGGACAUUUAUAACCCAAAUGAAUCAAAUUAAGAGCUUGUGAAUCAAAUUGUGAAAUGGAUACCAAGCACUAAAAACCUUGUUGUAAAGUGUUAAGAUUUCCAGUAUACACUAAAAAAAAAAAAAAAAAAAAAAAUUCUGGGCACAUAAGCACACUUCCACUAAAUAAUGGCCUCAUAACCAAGAUUGUCAUAAACCUGCAGUCAAAGGCACACGCUUCCAUGGUGUAAUGCAGUCCGCCCCAAUGAGUCAUCCCUCCUUGGUACCGCAUGGGGAAAUAUGAGGACGUGCCCCGAUCAAAAGAGCUCUGGCAAUAAUACGCUCAGUUUAUUCUGGAGUAAAUGAAGUAUAACGUCACCAGCGAUAAGGUUAUCAGCAACAGUGAUGUCAGACGUUCAUCUGGCUUCAGGUGGGAAUUAGCUGAAUUCCCCAGGCCUGAAGAUCCUGUUUCUGACCUCUGUCUUCCGAGUAAAUACAUUCUUCAAGCACUGAUGUAACUAAAAUCUGUUUUUAUUAUUCCUUUGCACGAUGUGGGGCUGCGGCAUGAUGACACGGUUAAUGUCAGAGUAAAAACAGCUCUCAGAGGCGCUGUAUAAUCGUAAUUAUGGGCCAGAAUGGGGAGUUGUAAGGCACUCCCACCACCAGCAAAGCUACAUGAAAGCUUCGUGCUUCUUCUUAGUUUGGUAUAAAAGGUUUCGGACUCCACACUGAUCAGAGAGAGCGAUGGGUGACUUUAAAGAUAGUGUUACUGCAGCUGCAAUCAACCUGGCAGAUGAUGCCCCAUGGAAAAAGAUACAGAAGAACACCUUCACACGCUGGUGCAAUGAACACCUGAGGUCUGUGGAGCUGCAGAUCAGCGAUCUUAAGUUUGAUCUGAGCGAUGGCCUUGUCCUUAUUUCACUGCUGGAGGUCCUGAGCCAUAAGAGGAUGUUUAGAAAGUACCACACGCGACCCACCUUCAGACAGCUCAAGCUAGACAAUGUUUCGGUGGCUCUGGAGUUUUUGGAUCAUGAAAAGGUUAAGUUGGUGUCUAUAGACAGUAAGGCCAUAGUGGAUGGGAAUUUGAAGCUGAUCCUGGGUCUAGUUUGGACCUUGAUACAGCAUUACUCCAUUUCCAUCCCAGUGUGGGAGGAUGAGGCAAACGAUUCUGUCUCCAAACUGACUCCAGAGAUGAGGCUUCUGGGAUGGAUCCAAAACAAAGUCCCUGAACUGCCUAUCACUAACUUCAGCCAGGACUGGCAGGAUGGCAAGGCCCUGGGUGCAUUAGUGGAUGGACUGGCACCAGGCUUGUGUCCUGACUGGGAGAGCUGGGAUACAGUGCAUCGGGUGAGCAACACUAAAGAAGCCAUGCAGCAAGCAGAUGACUGGCUUGGAAUUCCACAGCUCAUAGCCCCAGAGGAGAUUCUUGAUCCAGCCGUGGAUGAGCAGUCAGUGAUGACGUAUCUCUCACUUUUCCCCAAAGCCAGACUGAAACCUGGAGCCCCACUCAAGCCAAAGAAAGUGCCAAAACCCAAAACCUGUCGUGCCACAGGUCGGGGAUUGCAGUCUAAAGGCAUGAGAGUAGGUCAGCUGGCCGAAUUUAAAGUGGACACCUGCAAAGCUGGGCCUGGAAAUCUGGAGGUCCUUAUUAGAGACCCUAGUGGCAAAGCAGUGUCUGUCAGACAGAAGGAUGCACUUGAAGGUGUUUAUACCUUUGAAUAUACACCCACUGCUAAAGGAGAUCACACAGUGGACAUCACCUGGGCUGGUCAGCACAUUGCCAAGAGCCCAUUUAAAGUCCAUGUUGGUUCAGAAGCUGGUCCACAGAAGAUCCGAGCAUGGGGACCAGGAUUGGAGGGAGGGACUGUGGGCUUGUCAGCAGAUUUCUUGGUGGAAUCUGUAGGUGUGGACUCUGGCAUGCUGGGUUUUGCCAUUGAAGGUCCAUCUCAGGCAAAGAUUACAUGUGAUGACCACAAUGAUGGCUCCUGCCUUGUGCGGUUCUGGCCGACUGAGGCCGGUGAGUAUGCUGUACACGUAAUGUGUGAUGAUGAAGAAAUCCAGGACAGUCCCUUUAUGGCUUCCAUCAGACUUAAAAGAAAAGACUUCCACCCUGAAAAGGUGAAAGUAGAAGGACCCGGUGUUUCCCAAACUGGGUGCAUAGUGAACCUCCAAACCCAGUUCACUGUAGAUACCAGGCAAGCUGGUGAAGGAGAACUUAAAGUUUGUGCUCAGAGAGCAGAUGGAGAAUGUGUAGAUGUUAGUGUUGCCUCUGAACAAUCUGGUGUCUUUGUCUGCUCCUACAUCCCUUCAUCUCUCUCCAAACAUACCAUUUCUGUGGCUUGGGGAGGAGUCAUGGUUCCUGGCAGUCCUUUCAUUGUGACACCCCGCAGGAUUAAGAUGACACUGUGUAGUCCAGUCUGGUUUAAACCAGAUGGAUCAGAAAUGUGUUACUCUGAUGAAGAGAUGGACCUUGAUGAAGACUUUCCAGACAACGUAUGGCCUGGUGGUCAUGGAGAACUUGUUAUGAACAUAAUCAGCCCGUCAAACGUCCCAGGCGAUGCCACAAAGGUAAGGGCUCAUGGUCCAGGCCUAAAAGAAGGUGUUCUUGGAGAACAGGCAGAGUUUAACAUUGACACAAGCAGAGCAGGCAGUGGACAACUUGCCAUAAGAGUGGACGGACCCUGUGAAGUUACACUAAAAUGUCUGGACAAUCAAGAUGGCACUUGUACAGUGUUUUACCUCCCCACAGAGCAUGGAGUGUACAAAAUAAAUGUCCUUUUUGACAACUCUCACAUAACUGGCUCUCCAUUCAAGGCUGUUAUACAGAAGCCAAUUGACCCAUCUAAAGUUUUGGUAACAGGCCCUGGUCUGCUACAGGGGAAAGUCGGGGAACCUUGCAUUGUAAAUAUAGAUUGUGCAAUGGCAGGAUCUGGAGAUCUGUCUGUGCAGGCUGUCUCUGACUCAGGAGUCAUUGUCCCAACCGAAGUGAAGGAGAAUGAAGAUGGCACAUACACAGCUGUUUAUGUGCCUCUAACUGGAGGCGUGUAUACGCUGCUUUUGAAAUAUGGAGGAAAGGUGGUGCCCAACUUCCCUGCUAAAGUUGUUGUGGAUCCAAAGGUCUACAAAAGCCAUGUAAAAGUGAGCAGGCAAGGAGGUAUUGUGGUUGGUGAAAGGGAAACUGACACAUGCCAAGUUGUUGCAGAUGGUUUAGGUCUCCAAAAGGGCCUUGCUGGACAUCCUAAUAUGUUUAGUGUAAACGCCAGCAGAUCUUCAGUUGAUGAUCUGGGUAUAACAGUGGAGGGUGCGUCUGAGUGUCAGAUGACAUGCAAAGACAACGGUGAAGGCUUGUAUAAUGUGGAAUAUACUCCUUCAGUUCCUGGUGAAUAUAAGAUCACCAUUACCUGUGGAGAGAAAAACAUUCCAGGAAGUCCAUUUAUUGCAUCAGUAGAGGAUGUUUCAAAUACUGCAGAUUCUGGAGUCUGCCUGCAGUCAGGGAUUUGUUUAUCUACAAAUACUGUUACUCCUCAUGAGAUCAAAUACAAUGGAGAUGGGAUUUACACAGCGAGUCCAGCUCCAUCAAUGGAAGACAGAGAGUCUCUCAUAGAUCCUCAGAGUCCUUAUGGAAGCAGCAGUCCCAUCCCGUUCCAAGCUCUGCCUAAUUGUGACUGUGAUAGAGAGCUUCCCUCAGCUCAUGGUGAGAAUAUGGCAGAGAUUAUUGUUCCAGGUUUUAAAGGUAGAAUCUGCGGUAGAACUUCCCAAACUUUUACGAUUGGCUGCAGUAGGAAUGGAGAAGCACCUGAAACUGUUGCUGUGGUGAGAACUGAUGGCUCCAUGGAGCUCCUUGAGCUGAAAAAAAGUGGAGAUGGCACUUAUAGCGUUGUCUAUUUGCCCACCAUGGAUGGCUGUCAUUUAUUAACAGUGAAAUUCUCUAAAGAGGAGACUUUUAAUAGACAGUUCAAGUUUCAAGUGUUGCCGAUAGAUGAUACAGCUCAGGUUAAUGUAGCAGGUCCAGGUCUGACAUCAGGAAUGUGUGCCCGGCAUCCUCAAACAUUUACUGUCGACUCCACCUCCACAAAAAAAGUUCCACAGUUUGUUGCCAUAAUGACACCAGAUGGCUUGACUGAGAUAUUUGAGGUCAGAGAUAAUGGCGAUUGGACAUACACCGUGAACUACACCCCUUCAAUGGAAGGGCUUCAUUCUUUGAUGGUCAAAUAUACUGAAGAUGCUUCAUUUUGCAGUCCUUUCGAGUUUCGAGUGCUGCCUAUGCCUGAUUCCGAUUAUAAGCAUCAUGUAGGUCAUGGCUUGAGGACUCCAGUUUUUGGAUUAGAUUUAGAGGCACAGCUGUGUGUAAACACUCCUCAGACCUUCACAAUUGAUGGUAGUAGCACCGGAGAGCCACCAGAGACUGUAGCUGUUGUUACACCUGAUGGCAAAAUCAGGGAUGAAGAUGUCUUGAAUAAAGAGGAACAUUCCAGUCAGGAGGGAAGUGUCAAUAGCAAUGCUAAGGCUCCUCAAACAUCCGCUAACAGCUACAGUGUGGCACCAGAGACUGACACCAUAGUGACAGCUAAUGGCUCAAUCAAACUCUCCACAGAUGUGAUGGGCAACAGGGACAGAACUUGCAAGAUGACUUGCGCACCAAAUACAGAAAAUUCUGUGAUGGACAAAUAUGCCAGUGAAGAGGCUUUAAGAAGCCUCUCUGAGUUCCAGGCAGACUUAACUGUUGAAAAUACAGAGCCAAAGAUUUGUACUCAAAUUCCUCAGUCAUUCAAAAUCAACUGUAGUAAAUCUGGGAAGCCGCCUGAGUGUGCGCUGAUGAUCACCCCCAAUGGAAAAGCUGAACUGACAGAGGUCAAAGAAAACCCAGAUGGGAGUUACUCUGUGAAAUAUUCUCCCACCGUAGAAGGCCUUCACUCUUUGAUGGUCAAAUAUGCUGAUGAUGAUUCAUACUGCAAUCCAUUGAGGUUUCAUGUCUUGCCUCACUCUGCUAGUGAUGAUGAGCAUGGGAUAAAUACAACUGAGGUUUGUAGACAAUUAAAGGAAGAUGUCUGUGCUCAAAUUCCUCAAACUUUCACAGCUUGCUGCAACACUAAUGAGGCCCCAGAGACUGACAUGUCGAAAGCUGAUGGCACUAGAGAUCUGGUUGGAGUGUUAAAUAAUGAGAACAGGACCUAUGCAGCAACACACACACUCUCUGCUGAAGACUCGCACUCCUCAGCUGACAGAAAUCCCAGUGAGGAGGAUUUUCAGAGUCACCAGCCAUCAUCCUCACACGCUUCAAACAGUCACAUAGGUUUUCAAAACAAGGCUGAGGGCAGAACUGUAAUUCCUCUUGGUGCCAUUAAUCAAGCAGGGUUUAUAUCCUGUGAUAUAGUCCUGCCAUCAGACUUAAGUGAAGGUGAAAUUACAGGUGAGGUGAUCACACCGUCUAGAAAGACAACACAGCCUGACGUGACUGAUAACAAAGACGGUACCAUCAUUAUAAAGUUUGAUCCUUUAGAAGAAGGUCUUCACCAACUACUUAUUAAAUCGUCCGGAAACGAUCUACCAGUACUUCCACUGCAGUAUUAUGCAAAUAGUCUUGCUAAUCGCAGCACGAUGGCCUAUGGACGUGGCCUUGUGUAUGGAAUUGCAAAUGAGACGGCAACAUUCACCAUCUGUCAGGAGGAUUCAGCCUUGAGUGAUCUGGACAUCACAAUCGAGGGUCCAUCUGAGGCAGAUGUGCGCUGCUUGGACAAUGCAGAUGGCACUUGUACUGUGAGCUACCUCCCAACUGAGCCUGGAGAUUAUGAGAUCCAAGUUCACCACAAUGACAUGCCUAUCCAAGGUAGCCCUUUCAAGGCUAAAAUUACUGAUGGAAAUAUGAGAAGGUCACAGGUAAAACUGGGCAGUGCUGUUGACUUCACCAUCAACGUCACUGAAGAAGACAUUAGCCAGCUCACUGCCAGCAUCAUAUCACCCACAGGCAAUGAUGUACCCUGCUUACUGAAAACACAACCUGACAGCCAUCUCGGUGUAUCAUUCAUCCCCAGAGAGGCUGGUGAGCAUCUGGUCAGCAUCAUGAAGGACGGUGAGCAUGUGGGCAACAGUCCCAUCUCUCUUUCCAUCAGUCAGGCAGAGAUAGGAGAUUCCAGCAAGGUGAAGGCUUUCGGCCCAGGCUUACAUACAGGGCACACCUUCUGCAUGUCUGAAUUUGUGGUGGACACUUGGGAUGCAGGAUAUGGUGGGCUAACGGUUGUAAUUGAAGGUCCCAGUAAAGUAGAUGUUCACACUGAAGAGAUGGAGCAUGGAACGUGCAAUAUAUCGUACCACCCAAUCAAGGCUGGGACCUACAAAAUCUCCAUUAAAUUUUCAGAUGAGCACAUUCCAGGGAGUCCUUUUACAGCUGUGAUAACAGACCGUGGACUUAUGAGAGAGAACAUCAUGUACAAACAGAAAGCAGCUCCUAUUGCCAGCAUUGGGAGUGAAUGCAGCUUAGCCUUUAAAAUCCCAGGUACUGAUGCUGAGACCCUGUCUGCACACAUCUAUGAACCAUCAGGAACUCAAGGAGAGGCUGUUAUUGUUGCUACAGGCAGUGACACCUAUGCAGUGAGCUUUCUAGCGAAAGAGAUUGGAGUUUAUAAUGUAACCAUAAAGAACCAAGGCCAGACAAUCUCUGGCUGCCCACUCCAGUACACUGUCGGCCCACUUGGACAAGGAGGAUGUGAAAGGAUCCAGGUGUGGGGACAAAGCCUUCAGACAGCUCUGGCAAGUGUUCCAGCUGACUUUAAUAUUUGGUCCCGUGAGGCCGGAGCAGGAACUCUGUCUGUCUCAGUAGAGGGUCCUGGAAAGAUUGAGCUCCACUUUGAUGAUCGGCUGGAUGGUUCUUGCAUUGUGUCCUACACAGCACAAGAGCCUGGUGACUAUGAGGUUUCAGUCAUGUUUAAUGAGGAGCAUAUUUCCGAAAGCCCAUUCCUUGUGUCUGUCAGUGCUGCCACAGAUAAAAGUCUCACACAAGGACAAAGUGGCUCUGAUCAUAAUCAGACGUGUAACAGUUACGAGGAACCCUCUCAGUCAGAGUUGGAGAUAAACAUAUCAUCUGACAGCAGUGCUGAGCCAGUUUUCCUGUCUAACGCUAGUAAAGUCAUCUGCCAUGGCCCAGGCCUGAGUAAGGGCAUUCUAGGACGCAAAAACACUUUUUAUGUGGACUGCAGUAAAGCUGGACAAAACCUUCUCUUUGUCGGCAUGCAUGGCCCCACUGUCCCCUGCGAACGGUUGUCGAUCAUUCACAUGGGCGGACAUCAGUACAGGAUCAACUAUGCCAUAAAGGAAAGGGGAAAGUACAUAUUAGCAGUGAAGUGGGGAGAUGAGCAUAUUCCUGGAUCUCCGUUCCAUAUUAGUGUUCUAUGAAAUGCAUUAAUCUAUGUAUGUGUGUACAUCACUACCGUUCAAAAGUUUUGGCAUGGUAGGAUUUUUGUGUUUUUGAAAGAAGUCUGCAUACAUUUGAGCAAAAAUACAGUAAAAACAGUAAUAUUGUGAAGUAUUAUUACAAUUUAAAAUUACUUUUUUGUAUUAUUAUAUAUUUUAAAAUAUAAUGUAAUAUUGUGAUGCAAAGCUGAAUUUUCAGCAUUAUUACUCCAGUCUUCAGUGUCACAUGAUCCUUCAGAAAUCAUUCUAAUAUGCUGAUUUGCUACUCAAGAAACAUUUCCUAUUAUUUUCAAUGUUGAAAACAGUUGUGCUGCUUAAUAUUUUUCUGCAAAUUGUGAUUUGUUUUUUUGUUUUUUUGUUUUUUUCAGGAAUCUUUGAUAAAUAGAAAGUCUAAUAGAACAGCAUUUAUUUGAAAUACUUUUUUUGUGACGAUGUAAAAGUCAAAUUAAUGGCCUUUCUCAAUAAAAUUAUUAAUUUCUUUAUAUAUCUUACUAAACCUAAACCUUUAAAUGGUAGUGUACACUCAGUAUGGAAAAAAAAAAAAACUUUUUUAAAUGUUAUAAAUAAUUAUGUAUAUAAUUAUAGUAAUAAAUUAUUAUAUAAAUAAUAUUAUAAAUAUAAUUAUAAUAAAUACAUAACAUAUAUAAUAAAUAUAUAUAAGUAUUAUUUUUUAAAAACAUAUUAUCAUUCUCCUCAGAUAGAAUCCUUUAUAUUUUUUCACUAUAUUUAAUGCAAAACUAAAUUGAAUGCCUGGUUAAAAUCACACAUUUGAAUUUCAACUCUGAACAAAUGUGAAUUGGUUUUCAUAACUUUGCUCACAUGCAGUGAUGCUUGUGCACAUCUGGAGGAUUUCACUUUGUGAUUUUUUUUUUUUUUUUUUUUUUUUUUUUUUUUAAAUUUGUAAGCAGUCACCAUAAAUGUGAUACAAGCAUAAAUGCACCUAAAUGGCUUUAAAUGUUAAAUGGAAUUAAUAUGCAAAAAAAUGUGAUAUAAAAUUUUUAUUAAUCCAUUAUUAAA